UGGGACAAGUUGGUUGCCGCGACGGAGGAUAUCGCAUACAACCGGUUGGAUGAAGCUGAAACCAAGGAUCUGGCCGUCCAGGGGGCAUUCCGAGGGGUCUAUAUCGAUUUACUAACGAGAUAUCCCUUGUUAUACGUGUACUGGCAGAAGUACGCGGUGUUGGAGUACAAACUCAGUGGCACGGACGGCUCCAUCCGCGUGUUAUCACAGGCGGUGGAUGCCUUUCCGCACUCACUCGACCUCUGGGUAGAGUAUUUGGCCGCGCUAGUGGAAAACAAAGCGGAAGAGACGUUUAUUCGAGAAAUGUUCCGAAAGGCAGUGCAGUUCAACGGUCGGAAUUUUUUGUCGCAUCCGCUCUGGGACAAGUACAUCGAGUUUGAGCACACCCGAAACCCCGCCAGCGAUAACCCCUACUUGCUUGAGAUCUAUCUCCAGUUGGUGCGUAUUCCGUUGUACCAAUACGCACAGUACUACCAGAGUUUCCACGAGAUCAACAAAAACUUUUCCAUAUCACAAUUGUUUGGAGAGACGGAACUAGCAACGCUUUUGGCAAAACACGGUAAAACAGCUGAAUUGACGGUCGAAGAGAGGAGCGCGCUUAUUGACGACCACUUCCUAGGCGUGUUCACCACCACCCAACAGAGCGUGAGCGAGCGGUGGCCGUUUGAGGCGGAAAUCAAGACACCGUUCUUCAGCCUAGAGGCCCUCAGUGACACAGAGUUGACCAACUGGCAACAAUAUCUUGACUUUGAGAUCCAGUCGGCCUCGCCCCCAGCACAGGUCGUGGCUCUCUUUGAGCGAGCCUUGGUGCCAGCGGCUUCCUACCUGAAGCUCUGGAUGAAAUAUAUCAAGUGGCAUAUCGAGCACACUUCUGGCGAAACCGAAAAGAUCAGGAACGUGUACUUGCGAGCAUGCAACGUAUUUGUUCCGUUGGACGACUUUCCCAUCCGGCUCAACUACGCGGCGUUCCUCGAGAUGAGCCUGGACGACAAUGCCUUGAGCGCUUGUCAUUUAUUGUACCAAAAGCUCAUCAAACUCUCGCCCCAAAACGAUAUUUUGGUGCGAUACUUGCACUUUAUCACUCGCAACUACCCGGCGCAAGCUUACUUGUUCAUGAGCAAGGCCGUAGCGGCGUUCUUCCAGGAGGAGCCAGAGCUAAAGAAAACCAAAAAAGACAAAUUGCUGCCAGAGUUGCUGCCGUGGUUUGACAGCUUUACCGCAAUAGUCACCCUUAAAAUUUCCAAAACCGCGGUUAGGAAGGCCCGAACCGACGUCCGCAAGCUCUUUGAGAAGUACUACACCCACGAUACGUUAAAGUCGUCACCCCAGUUCUGGCUCUACUUCUUCGACUUUGAGCUCAAGUGCAAACACGUAUCAAACCUAUCUCAGAUUGUCUUCUUUGCUAAGAACGAAACUAUGUUACCAAAGAUAGUGAUUGACGAUAUGCUCACGGAGUACAGGGCCUUUUUGUUGAAGCAUGAUCCCGGCAACCGGGAGAUUAUCUUUCUGAAUGCCGACUCCGUAAACUCGCUCUUUGUGAACAAAUCGCUCCGUGCCGGCUCCGCCUUCUCUCCGCCUUCCCUGGGUGUGCUAUCUGAUGCUAAGAAAGAAGACGAACUAAACCUGAUGGUUUUGAAGCAGAACGGCCAUCCUGGUAUCACCAUUGACCAGAAACCUACAGUCACCAAUAAGUUACCGUGGGAGGAAUUUGCCUCUGGUGUGCGUGAGUUGCCGACGUUCAGAAACGUAGAGAAGGCUUCUCUUCCGAUUCAAUACCCUGUC